AUGCAACAUGCCAAACCCCCACCCACAAUAAAGGGUAUAAAAGGACCAUGGAGGAAGGAGAGACUCAAACCUACCUAUAUCCACCUCCAUCAGCUCGUCUGUUGUUCCAUCACCUCUCCCAGUACCAUGCCUUACAACUGUUGUCUGUCCAACCUGAGCUGCGGCUCUAGCUGCCCCUCCCGGCCCUGUGUGGCCCCCAGCUGCCAUGACAUCCCUCUACCUGGGGCCAGCAACAUCCCAGCCAAUGUGGGCAACUGUGGCUGGUUCUGCGAGGGCUCCUUCAAUGGCAGCGAGAAGGAGACCAUGCAGUUCCUGAACGACCGCCUGGCCAGCUACCUGGAGAAGGUGCGGCAGCUGGAGCGGGAGAAUGCGGAGCUGGAGAGCCGCAUCCAGGAGCGCUGCCAGCAGCAGGAGCCCCUGAUGUGCCCCAGCUACCAGUCCUACUUCCGGACCAUUGAGGAGCUGCAGCAGAAGAUUCUGUGUGCCAAGUCUGAGAACGCCAGGCUGGUGAUACAGAUUGACAAUGCCAAGCUGGCCUCUGAUGACUUCAGAACCAAGUACGAGAUGGAGCAUUCCUCCCGGCAGCUGGUAGAGUCAGACAUAAACAGCCUGCGUAGGAUCCUGGACGAGCUGACCCUGUGCAAGGCCGACCUGGAGGCCCAGGUGGAGUCCCUGAAGGAGGAGCUGCUCUGCCUCAAGAAGAACCACGAAGAGGAAGUCAACACCCUGCGUUGCCAGAUUGGAGACCGCCUCAAUGUGGAGGUGGACGCUGCCCCCACUGUGGACCUGAACCGCGUGCUCAACGAGACCAGGUGCCAGUAUGAGGCCCUAUUGGAGACCAACCGCAGGGACGUGGAGGAAUGGUACACCAACCAGACCCAGGAGCUGAACAAGCAGGUGGUGUCCAGCUCAGAGCAGCUGCAGACCUGCCAGGCAGAGAUCAUUGAGCUGAGACGCACGGUCAACGCCCUGGAGAUCGAGCUGCAGGCCCAGCACAACCUGAGGGACUCACUGGAGAACACGCUGACGGAGACUGAGGGCCGCUACAGCUCCCAGCUGUCCCAGGUGCAGUGCAUGAUCACCAACGUGGAGGAGCAGCUGAGUGAGAUCAGAUGUGACCUGGAGCGGCAGAACCAGGAGUACCAGGUGCUGCUGGACGUCAAGGCCCGGCUGGAGUGUGAGAUCAACACAUACCGGAACCUUCUGGAGAGUGAGGACUGCAACCUCCCCUGCAAUCCGUGUGCUACCACCAACGCUUGUGGAAACUCCUGUGGGCCCUGUUAA